CUUCGUGUUUGCAAUGAUGAUGAGCUUCGUGGUUCUCUCGGGUUGCUGCUCAGCGAAGAUCUACAAAGUGGGAGACUCCGAGGGAUGGACUGCCAAGGACGACGUCUAUUACACGUGGGCCGAGACCGACCAUAAGGAGUUCCACGUUGGAGAUUCUCUGGUCUUCGAAUACGAUCCCAUUGUCAACGACGUGACUCAUGUUUCCGGCGCUCUGGAAUAUGAGUUUUGCGACUAUUCUUCUCCUAAAAUUGUCUACAACACAGGACACGAUGUCGUGACUCUCAUGGAACCAGGUUUUCACUACUUCAUCACCUCGAAUCAAGUUCAAUGCGUAUUGGGACAGAAGCUCGAAGUUCUUGUCAUCCAUGACCCGUCACGUCCGGUUCCUCCACCACCACCGAGCAAGAUCCUUCCUGUCGGAAAUACCUACAAGGUCGGAGGAGACUCAGGAGGAUGGAAAGUGUAUGAUAGUGACUUCUAUAACAAGUGGAGUGAGGAGAAACAGUUUCAUGUUGGAGAUACUUUGUUUUUCGAAUACGACAACGAAGUCAGCGACGUGUAUGAAAUCAACGGUGAUCUAGAAUUUAUGACGUGCGACCCAACGUCUCCUGUAGCUGUGCACAAGACAGGACACGAUCUUGUUAGGCUUAUGGAACCGGGAGUUCAUUAUUUCAUAACCUCACCCUCGGGUUCUUGUGAAGCUGGGCUUAAGCUUCGAGUGAUGGUGGGACCACAAUCCAAAGCUGUUGUUUUCCCUAAUUUUCCCAAGAAGGUGGACUUGUCAGCUAUGGAGCGCCUCAACAACUGGUUGAAGACUUUCAAACCCCAGCCCCAUCAUUAAACCAUUUGUUUUUGUUUAUUGGUUUGAUUAUUUGUAACCAGUUUGGAGUUAUUGUUGU